AUGACAUUGAAAGAUCAUGUCAGUCUCUUUGAUAGUUCUCAUAAUCAAGCUUUUGCAAAGUGUACCAACUUGAUGAAUCAAAAGCAAAGUAUCUCUUACGUUAUUUCUAGCCAAAGUAGUAGUCAACAACAAAGUUAUAGGACCAGGUUGACUGCGGUGCUAGAUUGUACUAGACUCCUCUUGAUGCAAGGAUUGUCAUUUCGUGGUCAUGAUGAAUCGAAAGAGUCUCUUAAUAGAGAAAAUUUAAUUGAGUUAUUGAACUGGUAUGUAGCUCGUUGUAAGGCUCCUGAUAAUUCUGUGAAAGAACAAAUGACAGUUGUUUUAAGAUUUGUUGAUAAAAGUGGGCAAGUGAAGGAGCGUUUUUUGGGUAUGUCCCAUGUCACUGAUACUUGUGUCCAAUCAUUGAAGGAUGCCAUUGAUGCAAUAUUUUCUACACAUGGGUUGAGCAUAUCUAGCUUGAGAGAUCAAGGCUAUGAUAGAGCAAGUAAUAUGUUAGCACGUAGGAAUUGUAUGCUUGGUGAUUUUUUAGACGUACUUGCUAUUAUUGUGAAUUUGGUUGGUGCAUCAUGUAAGCGUGUAGAUGCUCUUCGAACAAGUUAUCAAGCUAAUAUUUUGGAGAAGCUUAAUGUUGGGGAACUUACUGGUGGAAGUGGUCAGUUUCAAGAAAUGAGUUUGACACGCCCAGGUGAUACAAGGUGGGGCUUACAUCUAUUGAUAGUUACUCGUUUAAUUAAUAUGUUUAAUGCUAUUAUAGAUGUUCUUGAGAAUUUAUCAGAAGAUGGCGUACAUUCAGAUAAAAAAUCUUCGGCCUUAAGAUAG